CUUUACAACGUCCUCCUCUUGCGCGGUGCCAUCGUUGCUGCUUGUAUAUUCACGUUGCGCGCGGCUGCUGCUGCCGUCGGCUGGUGGCGCGGCGGCUGCUGCUCGUCGGACCUCCUCUACCUCCUCUCGAAAAGGGCUGCCGCCGCCGUCUGCUAGGCGACGUAAACAAGAACUGCUGCUGCAACACGGCCGGCAGGCACCCAUUCGUGCGCCUGCGGUCGACUCUCGCCGAACGCGUCGGCCACGGAUAUACUGGAACCUUCUGCGCACAUGGAAUCAUUUCCUUGUGGAUAUACUGCGACAGUAAGUGUGAAACGAACUUUCUGACCAUCGGAUUUCGCUAGUGCGGCGGCUGACCGACCGCACGACUUCCACGUUCGCCUUCUGCAUUGUUGCACCGCUGUGGAAAGUGCAUCAGCGUUGAGACCGCUAGAAUUGUGUAGAGUGAUUCUUCGACGUUUUUCGUCCACGGAUACUGGCCAGGAUAUAUUGCCUUUAUAACGAAGCAAUUUGCGUUGCAAUAUUGCCACAAACAAAUAGGUUGUGGCAGCAGCCGACCGGAGACGGCGCGUGCGGAAGGGGCUGCGCGCGCCCGACAGAAGAGCCGGACGCCCCGACUGCAGCGCUCUCCCCGGAGGUGGCGGCGGGGCCUGAAAGCAGCCUUCGGCGCAGCAGACGGACAGCGAUGAUCGUGGCGGUGGUGCGUGUGCGAGCUGCUGCUGCCGCCGCCGUUGCGCGGCCCGAACUGCCGGCGCUGGAUGCGGGCUCUCCAUGACCGCCGCGGCGGCGCCGGAGGUGCUGCGGCCAUGGCCUCGUCGACGACGACCACCACCGCACAGACGUCGGCGCCCCCGGCCAGCGGGGGCGGCGGCGGCGGCGGUUGCACCCCGCACCUGAAGCGAGUGCUCAAGAGCUACCAGGCGUCGGCCGUGUCGAGCCUGCAGGGACCGCCCGCGCUCAUGGCGGCCUCAGCCGCCGCCGAUCCGGGCGGCCUCGCCGACGAAGACGAGCCGCUCGAGGCGCCCGCUCUGCCGGCGAUCCAACAACCACCGCUGCUCACGCCGCCCGACCAGGCGCAGGGCAGCGAGCGCGACGAGACGCAGCUCGAGUGGAACACAAUCUCCUGCUUCACCGUGGGCGGCGAGCAGCGGCUCUGCCUGCCGCAGAUCCUCAAUACGGUGCUCACGGACCUAUCGCUGCCUCAGAUCAACAGUGUGUGCGACGACCUGCACAUCUUCUGCCUGCGAUGCAAUCCCGAACAGCUGGACGUGCUCAAGCGGGCCGGCGUGAUCCCUACGAGCGCGCCGAGCUGCGGCCUCAUCACCAAGUCGGACGCCGAGCGACUGUGCGCGGCGCUGCUUCACGCCGGUACGCCGGCGCCCGCGGAUUUGAACAACCCGGGACCCAUGGUGGUAGUGCCCGUGUACCACGAGUGCUUCGGCGGCGCCUCCGGUGUGCUGUGGCUGGAGGCGGCCAUGGUGCGGUGCGGCGACUGCGGCCUGCUCUACUCGCCGCGCCGCUUUGUGUGUCACGGCCACGGGUCGCGCGAGAGGCGCACCUGCCACUGGGGCUUCGACUCCGGUCGCUGGCGGAACUACCUGCUCCUGGACGACCGCGAGCCGCUGGAGGACGCCGACGCCAUGCGCGCGCUGCUGCGACAGUUCAAGGACAAGUUCCCCGACGCCGCCAAGCGGAAACAGAGCCCACUGCACGUGGACGUAGGGAGCAGGAGAAAAAUGCGUGCUUCCCUGACCGAUGUCGAGGGGGGCGGCUUCGUGACAACAGCUGGCCCGGACUCAGCCUACUGGUACCACCAGCACAGCCAGUGGGCUAGGACCUCGGCCUUCAAGCCGUGGAGCCCCGUGCUGCUGAAGGAGCGGCCAGGGGUGGGCAAGGUGCCCCUCGUAGAGCAACUGCCCACCACUCUGCCUUCCUCGGCCCUGCCCGUAUACCUCAAGCAUAACUUGACUUACCCCAUGGAAGCCUACCUUGUGGCGGAUGUUGCAGAAAUGCAGAAGUUGGGGCCAUCGGUGCUGAAGGCAGAUCCUGACAGGCUUGACGCAUCUGUGACGCUGCCAAUUCUGAAAAAGGCCUCUCAGGUCGCGAUGAAUGUGGUCCCCAAGAAAGAACACGUGCCCACGGCCUGCAGCAAAUCGUCGGAGUUGACGUCAGUACCACCUGCUGGGAAGCUUGUCAACGGGAGGCUGUCUGCCGACACGGAAGAGACCAUUUCCAAUAGCAGCCUCAGCACGCUAUCAGGAGUGGAAGACGUUGGUUUGGCAGAGGAUGGCAAGGAAGGGCCCCCCAUGAUAGUGCCUGAGCUGCAGGGCCUCUGGGUAGCUUUUGACCGGCACUCACUUGGUGAACGUGCCCGGCAGGACAUCAUGCAUGAGGUCAGCCUGCUGCUGUCCUCCUGCCAGCAGCGGCACUUCCUCGCGAACUACAAGCUGCUACUUCAACAGCGCCAGGAGGCAGAGCCCAUGUCUUGCAAGCUGGGCUCCAUGCCCAAGGGCGGUGACACGCCGUCCCCUCAUAUGCCACCGCCGCCAACGAGUGCACCUGCAUCUCCGCCUGGCACGCAGCCGCCGCCGCCGCCACCGACAGCCGCCUCUCCCGAAGUGGCGGCACAUGGCUCCCCGGUGAACUUGCGCGAGGUCAAGGAGCCUGCAGCCCGCAGUCCCCAGACCCCACCCAAACCACCAGUGGAACAACACAAGAUGCUCCUCGCCACCUGAAGUGGUGGUGGCACCGCAGCACCGCAUCGCAGCGCGCAUCUCUCAUUAUCGACGCCCUGCGGCCCUUCCACCGUUUCUUUCUGCACCGUUGCCAUUGACUUGGAAGGCCGUGUGUGUGCUUGGCUCUCCAUUCUCGUGGCCUGAGAAACAUUACGUUAGCAUUACGAGGUGUGACCCCCACGAGAGGGAGCCUGGCAUGUGCCAGACUAGUUUUGCUCAGCCAUGGCCACCUUUGCGUCUGUUCCCGCUAAAUGGCAUCGUCAGCCAGAGGCAAACCCCUUUGCCAUUCACUCGAAUCUGCUGCAAAGGCACCUGCUCAAGCUAGUUUCCACGAGGUACGCUUGUUGUCGUUUGUCCUCUUGUAAAACCUGGCUGCACGAUGUCAGACGGGGGAAAAAAAAGAAAUAGCCCAAGUAUGUUCAACCUGUUCGCUUUCUACUGUUCAGAACAACUGUUGGCAAAGCACCAUUGGUGCUUUUUUGUUUUUUUUUCUGUACCCCGAGAGACGAAGGCUGGCUUGUGUGAACACCUUGGUGCUUCUGGCUUUGGUGAACGGCCGGUCCAGUGCUGCCUGGAAGGAAUGAACGAGUCCAGGCUAUGCUUCUUCAGCCCAGUCCUUCAAAUUGAAUGAGCCUGGUGUACACUGCCUGCCAGUCAAAAACUGUGCCCCUCUGCUUGGUUAAAAUGUGGAACAAGCUAAAGCCUGGAAGCACAGGCUCAGUGGUUUUCACACUUUACGUGUAGCAGACUGCAACGAUGUAUGGGCUUAGUAAAAUGCUUUCUCUGUGCUGAAAAGUCGCAGCAUAUUCACUUUAGCUAAAGAAUGACAGUUGCUACUGCUCAGUCAACUGACUACUGGCAAGUACUGCAACAGGGACAUUCCUUCCCUUCUUCCCCAUAUAUCCUCAGCUUCCUCUCAAAGCAGCUGUCACGGCUGCAAAUGAGAAACCGCAAAUUCUAGGCUUGAUGGCAGAGUGCAGGCUCAUUGCACUAAUACAUGCGAAGCAGGCACAAGUUGUAGGCAUGGCUGAUGCUCGCUUUGAUCAAAAAGGCACAACUAUUUAUGUCACGUGCCAAGUUGUACCUGGCCCUUGUUGAGCGGGAAGUUUUCUUCUAAAAGCCAAGCCAGCUUUUUCUUGGGGCUCACCUCGUUUGUGUUAGAGCGGGUAACUGGUGUGGGAAGAAACGUCAAAUGCAAUACUUUUUUCCGCCGGGACUGCAACAUGCAUGCACGGUGAUUAUGGCGACCGGCAAGACGCCGUGUCACAUGGACAGUCAGUACCACUGCAGGAUCUCGCCGGUGCUUGUCCGUCGAGGUCUUUUAGCGCCUUUCCUCUUUCAAUGUGUCCCUGUUAUUGCUGUUGUUGUUACGUUUUCUCUCUUCUUUUUCGCACUGCUAUAUGUGAAAAUGGAAGACAAACAGCUGUGUGUUGUUGUCAGCACAGGUGCCUCCCUCCCCUUUUUUUUGUUGUUUCGUGUCACUCACCUCGUAGUGUUCAUAAGUUCUUACUUUUACAGUGUCGGCCUGCCUGUUUCCUUUUUUUUCUUUUGGCCCAUGUUUAAUGACUUGAGAAGUUUUAAUGUUUGUUGUUUUGUUUGUUAUUGUUGUGUGAGUGAAUAGGAGCCACUGUGACAAGUGGGGAGUAUUCUUUAUGAUCUGGUGUGUGAGACAAGCUUGCUUUAGGUGGGGCAAGCUGAAACUGUCGGGCGACACGCAGCCUUGAUGCUAGAGUUCUAGAUGCAAGUUGUGUGUAGUGCACGCAAAGUGUCGAGUGAGAAAGAGCAAUGUUUCAUCGUGACUCACUCUCCUCCUGCAUCCGUUUCACGGGUGCGGGGUUGUAAGGUAUACCCCGUAGACGCAGCGCUCUGCAGUUCCAGUUUGCGUUGUGCCACGUGUGUGCUUUUCCUGGCUGUUUUUUUGAACGGUUGGUAUUUCUGUUGCCCUGUUCGGCAUGCAUGUGUGUGUGUGUUUGUGCGUGUGCAUUUUCAUCCGCUGUUGCCCCUUUUCGGCUGUUGUGUGGCUGCAGACGGAAACACAACUUCCGUGUGGAAAGCCUUGUUCACUAGUAGCUCACUUGUCAUCAUUCUCGUCGCCCGUUUCACAGAAUUUGACACAAUCGCUCAUGUUGGAGUGGGUGCAUGCGGACCUGCAAUGAGAUGCAGGUCUCUGUGCCGAUUUUAGCCGGAAGUUGGUUUCGAGGCCAUCUAAGUUGCAAUUAAUGGCCUUAAAGAGAGUUGGAAGUGCACCCUGCAACAUCAAAUUUGCAGCAGAACAAAACUGGAUACAGUAGGAACCUUGGCGAUGCAAAACCUUGCAUAAUGUAAAUGGCAUCAUCCAAAAUGCGUGUCAUCAGACACAAAUGAAAUUAGCAUUACGAAAUAGCAGAAUUGCAUUUACUGAAAUUAUUUAGAGCUGAUUAUAGCCAAGUUAUUUUUCUGGACACUGCACAAACUACAGAAAUGUCAGAGUAAUCUGGCGGUUUGAGGACCUCUCUACGGCAGCAAAAGACCUAAACGGUUGUGUGAUGUCCUUGAUCACCUAACUGCAGGUAGCUGCGGCUCACGGGUCCCUAUCGAAGAGAACGAUGCAGAAGAGCAUUCGACAACUCUCAACACUGAACAUUCUGCACAAUGUGAUUUAGCUGGGGAAUUAUAUUCAUAUAAACCGUGAUCACACACCCAGGAUUCUACUGUAUCUCAUCCUCUUUUGGGCACCUGUCGAACGUAUUUCAUGUUUUGGCACAUGUACCAGAAAGCUUUCAUGGUUUGUCGCUUGGCCUGCAAGUGACCAUUGGGCAUCCCUACAUCGCUUAGUGCAGUCCGAGGCACAUUUUGUUCAAUGAGCAUUCAGGGAUUCUCGAAUAGACAGCUUCUGUGGCUUUUCUUUUUUCUUUCUGGAGAUGUAUUUGUGCUUUUCACGUGUUCAUGCACCUUAAUGGAAAAAGGCAGGCGUCAUUCACCGCUCACCUUAUUAUUGCAACUCAUUUCAUUAUGGCGUGGCUACAGUGAGAGUUAUUACUGUCUGUGGCAGUAAAAUGUUCAUAGUGCAGUUCACUUAGAAUGAUACCAGUCGUAACAAUUAUCACUUGUAGCAGUGAGCAUUCUCUGCUACAUAACACUCUGAAGGUGUGCAGAAUCAGCCCUGAUGUAAUCACAUGCAGUUACGAUUGCAUUUUAACAAGUUUUCCCAUCCUCAUCAUAAAUGAUGUGCACUUCGUUUAUAUCUGCACAUGUUACAAAAGAUUGUAGUGGUUCAUUCAUCCGAGAACACGACUCCUCACUUCUUUUUUUCUCUGCACAAUGAACGUUGCUGUUUCACGCACAUGGUCUGCGCACACUGUAUAGCUUGCUGCAAUGUUCCUUGCACAAGCAAAUUUUUUUUUUUAGCACAUGUAGUAUCCAUUGCAUGCACUACACAUCUGCAGCAGAACUGAACAUGCAAAUGUUUGUCGCUGCAGAAAGGUGAGGGCAUCUCAUUUGUCACAAUGGCGCCGCUUCAAUGGGAAGCCAGGACGCCAAUGGAAAACGCUGUAGAUUGGGCUGGACCAGUGCAUUCACCUUUCGGAAGUACGUCUUAGCGUUAAUGUGGCUCAAGAAGCCUUAAUGGCAGACAAGUAACAAUCGAAGGUGUCGAGCUUCUAUUUUGCUAUUGCCCUAACACUGCUGACAUUGUUUUGUGACAGUCCAGACAUUCAGCCUUUUUUAACGAUACUAUAGCUUAUUCUUUUUUUUUUCACUGUACAAAGUGUACAAAGGUGUCAAGCUUAAUCUUUUUUUUUUAAACGCAGUGUAUUAUGUUUUUUUAAGUGUUAUUUAAGUUGGAUUGUCAUUGCACCCACAACUGCAAAAAGAAUAAGAAUAGAAAAAGAACAAUUUCUUUAGAUUUCUUGUAUGUAUAAGCUGCACCUAUUAUAACCCCAAAAGAUGAAAAAAAAAAAUGCAUAUUUCCAUUAAACAACAUACACUGUUUUUUUGCGUCUUAAUUGCAACCAUAGCAUGGCAUGUUGGUGCUUUUUCUACUUCUAGGUGUUUUUCAAAUCUGGCUUUAUAUAUCCAUAUGGUAAUUUUAUUCCACGACGACAAGCAGCUAACCAUUGCAAAGCUGUCUUGUUGUUAUCCGUGUAACAGCCACAUACAAACCUUGUGCACGAAAUUUAUAAAAGAAGGGAGAAAACAAAAUUAAGAGGGAAAGCACAUCUACAAACACAAGUCGAUGCUGCACUCAGCAGGCGAACUGGCGCCUCUCAUUCAUUUCUGCAGCUUGCAGCAUCAUAAAGAGCAGCUUUAGGAGUUCGAGGGUGGCUUUGCUGCCACUUGUCUUUUGUGCUCACAUAAUUAUUCUGGCAGGCGAGGUUUUUCUGUUGCCUGUCUGCCAUUUGACUAGUGUCACCUAGCAGCUAAACUUGUCACUGUUUUCCUUUGGCGUCCUUCCGAUUGUUGUGUGUUUCUGGCAGUAACAGUACCUCAACUUCUCCGCGGUGUUUUUAAGCACCUGGUCAAGUCGCACUUGUCCUUGUUGAUGUUUCUUUUUUUUUUUCCCCUUCUCUCUCUCUCUCUUGGUGCAUGUGUAUGUGUGUUCAAAGUACUACUCAAAGCGGGUUUUCAAAUGUGUGCGUCCUAGUCAUGAUGUCCCCACCUUUACGUUAUCCUGCACGAAAAAAGAAAAGAAAAAAAAGGAUAGAAAAACAAGUGUCACAUCGACACUAAUCGUACAAAAUAAACGAGAGAGGAAACUGAAAGCGACAAAGAUCAGUUGCGAGAUUUUUGGCGCCACGUUUGCGCUCUCCACACGUGGAGACGUUGUUUGUGAAUGGCACAAAGCGACACAAUACGAAAGAUUUAAAAGAAAUCCCGAAAUGGCACAUGCACGGUUCUCAAAAGCUGGAAAAGCUGGAUUCAUGGUGUUGGUCGCCUCUCGCAGUACAAAAAAUCCGUGCCAAGAAAGAGACACUUCUCAUUCUUUCCGCCGCGUCCUGAGCGGUCCACUCCCUUUGUAAAAAAUUUGACUCGGCUCUCCAUCGCCCAUCUCUCACCUAUCGCACCCUUCAUUGCUUUCUUUGUUUUGCGUCCCGUGACUGCAUUGCGUCCUCGUCCAUCGCCAAUGAGACCGUUGUUUCUCAACCAGCUUUGUCCCUCUUACAUCCUCCCUACCCCUUCUUCCACUUGUUUGAGUAAUAUAACUGUAACCCUAGUGCCAAGAUACCAGUCAUCAUCCUGUCCUCAUCGUUUGUGGUGUCAUCUCGCUGUAUUUAUUUUUAGCUUGGAUCAUGUCAUCUCCCACGACUCGGCACUUUUGCCAUCGUAGAACAGAAGCCGGUGGCGGGGAUUUGCCAAGGCCAACCAGUCGCGUCAUCACCACGACAGGUUGUUCGAUGUUGUAAAAUUGUGGCACCUGUACAUACGCAGUUGCUGGUUCCCAUCUUCCAUUUGCUCUCAACUCCCCCACUUUCUUUGUCGUUUGUCCAGUUUGGUGCCGCAUAUCUUUUCAUCACGUUUCACGCAUUACUGUUGUACGGCUACACCACCUUCUGUCACAUCAUCCUGCAUCAGACCAUUGUCACAUGCAUACUUUCUCGAGCAUUAGUUUUGAUCUUUUAAAUCAUCCCUACAGAAGGAUUGGCUUUUUCACCUAUUCACGCCCUUUUGAGCAACUUUACGUUGGACCCAUGUGUUGGAGAAAUGCUGGUGCAUAAGUCAACACUUGCGCAGUAGGCUGGCGUCAUCAUGAAAUCGAGCCUCGGCGGCCUUUACUGAAUUAGAGAGCUGCAAUUCUGGGCAGGAUGUUUUGCAUGCAGUGUAAAUUGAAAAUAAAAAAUAAAUAAAUGAAAGAUAGCGCUGUGCUUGCAGUCAGUAGAAAGCAGGAUGGACAUUUGGUCCAUUCGAUUUGGACUGAACUUGAUGGAAUUAGUUCACGCCAGUUCAGUGUCGGUUCCUGUGUGUGCAGACCACCAUGUUGCCACCGUGCUGAAUUAAUGAAACGGAAAGCAAGGUGUGGAACCUCCUGAACUAUAUUACAAAGUGCAGGCAAAUUGAAUUAACUUAUUCUGCUCACUGAUUUAGUCAAAGCAGUUGGAUGUUGUUUUAGCUGCACUGUGCAUCUUUUCCAUUGGCUGAUUUGCCAGACAUUUUAUAACAGCUUGAUGUGAGUGCUGCGCAUGAUUCACUGGAAUCAGGCAUUGCAUACAUUCCUUGCCUGCCACACAGCGUUCCUGUUCUGUGCGAGACUCGUGUCCAUAAUCUUUUUAAAGUAACUACAAAAUGCAUACGGAAGGCCAAGGCUCGCAAUAUUUCAGGAAGCCACCUUGGUGCCCCAGUUGCAUAAUGCUUACGUGGUCAUAUUCAGACUUUGUUGCAUUGUGAAAAGCAUCUGUCCAGCAAGACUGUUGCACACCGCUCAAGAAUAGCAGCUGCCAAUUCACAGGCAUGUGGCCGUUAUGUAAAUUUUUCUUACUCAGGAAUGAUUUUAAUGUUCAAAUGAUUUUUUUUUUGUCAAGGCUCACAAGUAAGCAGUAGCAUCAAGUUUUGACUGGACGUUUUGCUUUCGAAAGAGUAUGUGACUGCAUCAAGAAUGAACCUUGCCUGCCAAGGUUGUGACUGGCUUUGUUGACAAAUAUGUUACAGCUGUCAUCUGGACGGCAUAUGUGAAAGACUUACCACCUCAUACAAGUUGUAUAUUGGGAACACUUCUUGCGAUACUGGCCUGAUGCACUGCAUGAUUGCAUUGUCAUAGCUUUUUCGCUGCAUGUUCAUUGUCAUAACACAUUUCUAGCCUCCAACUGUGCUUGGUUGUUGUUGCAUUGAUCGAAGGGGUCUCGUGUGCACGCAUGUGUCACGAUAGAGCCCGCAGCUGCAAAUCACGCAAAAGGGAGUGUUUAGUAUAGCUUGUUAGGUGCACAGAAGCAAGUCACUGGUGUUCUUGGUGUUUGGGGGUUGAGGGGGGGUUCUUGGCCUAGUGUCGCAAAGCGUUGCAGUUUAUAUGCAAAGAAGGCAUUGUUGUGGAAAAAAGGAGGACAGUGUAAACUUCGUGGCAUCUCAAGACGUGAGAGAGGCUCUCAUGUGCCAUUGUCAAAACAGUAGCCUUAUGCAGUGAAAGUUCUGCUCAUGUGCUUAGAAGUCACCUGUGUGCACGUUUAUCGUCCCAGACUUCUGGGUGCUUGCAUAAUUCAGCAUCGCCGGGAUUAUGUCUAGUUUAAGCGCGCUGUCGACUUGUCUCAAAGAAAGAUGCAAGCCACUGUCUGCCAGCUCACUGUCCUGUGAGGAAGCAGAAUGGCUGGAGCAAGCGCUGAGAAGGUCAAAGCAAACUGUCUCACGGUGGUAUAAGGCAGUGCACAGGGACAAACAACAGAAAGAAGCGGAACUCUGCUCGUUCUGCUUUUUACAUUUUUUUUACAGUUUCUGCACAGUUUCUUUUCUCUAGCAGUUGUCCCGUCUCCAAGUUUAAGCUUGUCGUUUCUUACUGUGUUGCGAUGCAAGUGUUGUUACAUCAAAAAUGAAAGAGAGUUCGAUGGCACCGCGCGUGGCAUGUUGUGUGUUACGGUGCCAUCCUGGCGGUGAAUGGAGAAGGCCAAACGGCAGGCAAGGGCAAAGUGUGUGUGUGCGUGUGUGUUUAGGUUUCGAGAGUGUUGCACAGGGUUUUUUCCAUUUGUCUACUAUUACCCCGCGCAGAUUGUGGUCCAGUUAUCUAUGCUUGUGCUGUGAGUGGUAGGCGAUGAGCGAGUUUUUCACGUGUUGCAAGGUUUGUGCGCAGCCUGUGUUCAGGCGGAGAGAAAGGGAAUGUGGCAGUGAUGAACGGAGCAAGCAUCGCUCCUGCACACAAAACUGUGAUCAGUGCAGGCAGGAUUGUGAUACUUUAUGGACGAGAGGAGGAGAAGGGUGGUACCCGUGAAGGGAUAGAGAGAGAGAACGAGUUGCAACGGAUGGCCUGGCUUGCGAAACCAGUUGUAGAUACAGAUGGCCGUGUACACAGAAUGCAGCCACGAAGCAUGCUGCUUCAGUCUUUCUUUCAUUGAUAUUAAAUUUCUCACUGCACUGCUGGGGUCGUUGCUCCAGCAGCAAGAGUUGGCUGCACAGAGUUUCUGGCCCGCUGCGGUUGGCUUCUAGACUCUUCCCCCAAAAGUUUGCUUUUCUUUGCGCAGGUCUCUCUCGACAGAUUUAGAGAAGGCUAUGAGACGCAGCAGCUUGCUUCCUAGCUGACAAACUGUCCCAUUGGCCAUUUCAUCACCACAGAUGGCGAGAGAUCGUUGAUGCACUUGAAUGGUGUCAAUGCGACACUUGUCAGCUCAAACUCCCUCCCGCGCUGUGGCAAUGCAAGGUGAACUAAAGGAGCCAACCGGCUCCCGCAGCCAGUGCCAUAGGUCCUGCACAGUCCGACGUCGUGUGGCCUUUUUUUCUCGAUUUCCUUUUAAUCCAAGAGUUGAGCAGGGUCGUGGGUGUUUGUACACGAAAAAAAUAACGAAAGAAGGGCCAGA